UCGCGGGAGACGGGAGGCGGGCGGCGUAGCGGUGCGGCGCGGCGUUCAGCGCGACUUCAGCGGACGCGUUGCGUUAGUCCGCGAGAAGCGGCGCGCCGGUUUGUCCGAAGGUCGGAGCGUGGAACUCCCCGCACCCGGCACCCGCCAUCAGGCGCAGGCGCAGGCGGGGCCGGCGUGCGGCGAGCGGGCGCAUGGCGCUGCUGUAUCGUGCGACGCGGCUCAAAGACCGCGCCGACACCCAUGUGUUCACGUUCGUGGUGACGCGCUCCGCCACCAGGGAACCCGAUCGCGAUGUUACCUCCAAGGAUUUCUGCUGCGCUCACCAGCGGUGGGCUGUCGCUUUCAGUCGCACCGAUGCUUCUCUUGGAGUCUACUUAGUAUGGCGAGGCGCGUGCGAAGGCAUGCGAGUAUACGUCGACUUUACCUUCACACUACUUAGUCGAGAUCACUUUACUGCUAAUGAAGGCUUUUCCGGCAAGCAAGUCAGAUUCAGUGCAGGCUGCGCGGCACAGGGCCGCGGCCGCUGCGUCUCCCUCGCUGAGCUCAAUGCCAAGUUCGCAGAUGCUCGGGGCGAGUUCCAACUGGAGCUCAGCAUGUCCCGGGUGCGAACGUUAUAUUCAUGCGAGUUACGAGCUCCGCGACUUGAUACGCCACCGAUAGCGUUCGCCGGCUUUGACUGGUCUGUAUCGGCUACUGGCGGGAGCAAAGAACCUCUAUCACUACGUCUAAUGAGAUUAUCAGGUGAAGGUCAACGCUGUCGCGUUCGUUAUGCGCUUGCUCUUGGCGAAGGCGAGCGACGGUUACAUUCGGGUCCUCUCGAAUGCGUAUGCGACGCAGAAGGACGCACUCCACCCUGGAAUCCACGGCCACCAUCACGUCUUCUACAUAAGGGUGUGCGUUUAACGGUGGAAUUGGUUUGGGCGAGGGCUUUAACCGAGCUGGCUAUACCGGCUGCGGGUCGAGCCGCUACGUGUUACGAUCGAGACAAACAAGCGUGGUCAGUUCGUUGCGAUAUGCACUCGGAGACAGUAAGGAUGCACAUGCUGUAUCGUGAUGUACACCACGUGCCACGAAAUCACCUGCGGUACGUGAGUUGGUCAGCGUGGCUGGUGCGCUCCGCCCCUGCACCAGGGGAGCCGGACGCCGAAGAGUUGCCCGGUGCGCCUUUCGAGCACUAUUACGCGCAGGAAAGUGCUGACGAAGGUCUGAUGAUGGAAACCGCACUUCGUGUAGAAGAUGUAUCGCGACCAGGAUGCCCAUUUCUGCAUCCGGGCGGCGAGCUUCGUGUACGCCUUGAAUGGGGUGACACUUACUUGCUCUUCCAAGCUACUUAUCAUGUCUAUGACGAUCUUUGUCGACUACAAGGACAUCAAAUGAGACGCGAGAUCGCUGCCUUGCAGGCAGAGAACUAUUCUCUGGAGAGGCAACUAUUUAGCUACCAGAAGAGCCUGGCGUACGCGCAAGCGCAGGCGGGCGAGCCGACGGCGGCGGAGAGCGGCGGGCGGCGCUCGCCUGCCGAACGUUCGCUCUCUACAGACACAGAGUACGCGUGAGUCGGGCUUUGAUCGUGUUCAACCAUCGCGGCCGCCUCAAUCAACGCCCGUUCUACACUCUUCUAUCUUUUCGACUGAUCCUGACGUUUUUGAGCGAUUUAUCUAUUUUUCUAGACAUUUUAUGGCGAGGUGCGCCCUCGUCCGCACCGCUUCCCGCCGGUCGUCUGCACUCUCGCCGCUCGAAUCUAUCGAUAGCCGAUUAAUAUAUUCGACUACUUUUCUAUUUAUCUGUACAUAAAAUAUAUUUAGAUAUUAUAUAUUAUGUAUAUUUCUUAACUUAAAACUCGAAUUCAUAUACUGCAACAGUCGAUUUAUUAAUAAAAGUCCGUAAAAUAAAAUAUACUUACUUAAA